AUGGAAGGCAGGCGACAACUGCGCUUGCUGCUGUGGAAAGACUAUCUCAUACGGAAGAGGAAAGCGAUAACGCUUGCUGGGUUAAUAUGGGCAUCAGCAGUGAUUUGCAGUUUACAUAUUGUGAGAGUAAACAUAGACAAUACAGAGUAUCCGACAUGUGGCUUCCCGGCGCGAGCGCUUCCCAGCGCUGGGAUGGUGCCUUUUCUGCAGUCUUUCCUGUGCUCAGCAGACAACCAAUGUUCGUCCCUGGACCAGUACGAAGAAAUACCAACGUACGAAAAUUCAAAGUUAACUAAAGUUAUGCGAAGAAUGGGACCUUUUCUGAAUGAGUCCACGCUGGAAGUGGCGUCAUCAGUUCCUGAUGCUCUCAAACUCGUCAGUACAUUAGCGGACACAGUUGAUGAGCCAACCUUCGUUAAGAUUAGUAAAAAUGGUCUGCACGUGGAGGAUCUGUUCAUAAAACCGAUAAGCGUCAAGAGAUUCCUUGGUGAAAAGCUGGGUCUGGACGACAGCAUCAUGGAGAGUAUUAUGACUGCUGAACUUAGUUUCCAAGGUCUUCUCAAAGGUUCCAUCGACAGAUGCAGCGUAGAGUCACUUUCUAAGACAUUGGUAAUGGAGAAUCCUGAACACCUAAGUAUAUUAAAAGGAAAACUGUGUGCUAUGUCUCCAGAAGAAUUGCAGAAGAUCUUCAUUAAUAUAUUGCCUGAACUCGACUACAGCAAAUACAUGACUAUGCUAGGUGACAUGUAUAGUAAAUUAUCUGGUGACAACAGAAUAAUUUUACUUGGAGACAUGUUGACUGCCGUGCUGCGUAUGAUGAACCUGCAGAGUUUCCUUCCUCCGGAGCUGAUAUCUAUAUUUAAUGGCAAAGAAGUAGAUUUUAGUUACAUACAGCUAACUUUAAUACCAAAGAUAAUGGAAAAGUUCAAACCAAUAUUUGGUGACACUCAAUCUUAUGGAAUACUGCGGAAUGUUGCAGACGCUUUAGUUGUAGGACUUCAAUAUUUAGACAAAUUAUUUAAGAAAAUGCGAGUUAAAGAAUUAGAUGGAGGUUUAACUCCAUCUAAUAUUAAUAUAUUUGACCCAAAAAGUGGAAUGGAAGCUAUAUCAAAUGCAUUAAACCAUGCUUCAGAUGUUUUCGAAGAAGCUAUCCAGGAAGAUACGUCUUUUGAUGCUUUUACAGCUUUAACCUACAUGAUGAAUUUCGUCACCAAAUUUCUAUCUGCCAAUACAAAACACGACGUAUUGUUCUACUCGACACUUCUCUCCAAACUUAUUGAAAGUGCGUCAAGAGUAAUUGAUAUCAACAUGCAUAUUGAAUCGUUGACCUACAAUGUUACCCUGCAGCAUCCCGGAGCUGUCAGAAUCUUACAAGGAAUGAAACCUGAAAUAAUAGGAAGCGCUUUUGAGGGCUUGGCAGAUGCUGAAAGAGCUCAGAUUUUGACAUCAAAGAUCAACUCACCAGAAAAGAUGUUUUGCAAUGUUGACAAAUUAAAACAGUUUUUAAAUAUCGCUGACGUAAUAGAAAUUGAAUUACUGAAGAAACAACUGUGUACUGAUGUUUGGAAUAGCUACAUUACAGACAUGAUCCAGGCGUUUGGUGUUUCUGACGUCAAAAACAAUAUCAAUCGCAUGGCUUCUCUCCUGAUCCAAGAAACUCUUGGUAAAGAUACCAGUAGCCAAUUAUAUACUAUUGAACAAGACUUCCAGAUCUUGAAAAACUUUACAGAAAGGCUUAUGACAUUGGAUUCGGAAAAUAAACCCAAGGCAGACUGGGAGAAACUCUUGAACAUGAGUUCGGACUCGGAGUUCAUGAAGAUGAUCAGAAGGAAGGGUCACCUUGGGAAACAAAUGCUUAUAGUCCUCCAUGGAGCCCUUGGCAAAGAAAUAGUUCAGCAAAAUGGUCUUUUAGACUUCAAGAUCUCACCAUACCUGGAUAACGUAAUUGCCUUAACUUCCGGCAUCAACGAACAGCUGGAACUUACUCCGGUUGAUGUAACUGAUCUCAUUAAGGAUAAUUACUACGGAAUUGUGAUGACUAUGAUGAGGACUGCACUCCAAGAGGAAAAGACAUACAAAUCACUGUCGACUCCUGGUCAAGAGAUCAUGUGUAAUGACGUGGAGACUGCGAGACAAUACUUAGAACUACCAGAAGAUGCAAAUGAAGCUGCAGAAAUCGUCAUGGCUCUCUGCAAUGCUACUAUUAUAAUAGAAAACGGUCUAAGUGAGGAUUCUGCAGUAACCAAAGCUAUAAAAGCAUUCAAAUCUUCUGCUACUUUACUGGGAAUAGAUUGGAUCAAGCUCAUUAACAAUCUAAAGACUCUAUAUGUAAAUCUCGAUACUGACUAUACGUAUGUGUUUAACUUCUCAAAUUAUGGCAUGGAUAAGACGAUGAAAGAAGAUUUGGACAGAUUGUAUAAUAUGGCCAAGGAUUACUGGUUUGGUGUUGCAAACGUCGAAAGGGGUUUACGUUUAAGUAUGAAGUUAGCCCUUCGUUUCCUGGACCUUCUGGACCACGAUUUAUUUGGAGUGAUGAACGAAUACUGGCUAAAGAUAAAAUACGCUAUAAAUAUCUCAGCAGGACCAAUGGACGUAUUUGCUGAAUCGAUUCACGUAAUUGGAGCCCUCCUUACAAACAAGAUGUAUAGCGGAGAUCUACCUCCUAAAACAGUGGAUAUUCUUAGGAGGCUAAUACCAAAUAUCCCCCAACUGACCGUUGAAGCUGUGGACAUCAUAAAAUCAGACGAUAUAGAGAUACAACCAAUAAUAUCGCUCAUGAACUUGAACCCCCCUUGGCCAUGCUCUUCAAUGAGUUUAUCAGAACUACUGGAGUUGUCACAAAACUCAACAGAAGCAGUAAGAAGCGUAGAAGCGAUAUUUUGUAUAAACGAUGAGAUUCAACAAGAAUGGAAAGAAUAUCUAGCUCAAAAGAAUUUCUACGUUCCUGUUAAAGGAUCAUCCGCAUGGAAUAGAACCGACUACCCACCAAACCUUUUCCUCAAGUUUUCUUCCAAUAUAGACUCCUUGAUUCAGGAUAUAGUGAUCGUGAGGGAGACUCUGAACCAUGUUUUUAAUGAUAGCAAGGAUGGUCAUUUAGGAUUGAAAGAAGCUUGGAAGUACGCUGUUGAUACCUUCAAUACUUCUGAUAGGGAUGUUAUAUUACGAAAUUUUUUCACAAAGAUUGACACAGUCCUGGAUUCUGUGAACACUUCAUCUAUCGCCAGCAAUGUCUCUACUAGUCAUCUUUGGGAGGGAUUUGUCAAGUGUAGCCAGGAGUACAUUGAUGAAGAUUGCAGGAUGUUAGGAAGAAAGUCUUGGAAGUACUUCUUCGAAUCCUUGUCAGUGAUCCUGGAGAGUGUUGCUACAGAUUUGCUGACGUACUUUAAGGAAAUUAAUGAACCGAACGCAAAUUUGCUGCAGCUAGUAGGCUUCAACAGGAACACAGGCCUGUAUACUUUGUAUGACAAGUUGCCGGACUUCGUCGGAGUCCUACUCAACUCUUACUGGGACUUUGGUUUUAUGAGUCAGAUCCGUCGUGCGUCGUUUUCUAAGUUUUGGGACUGUAAUGCUAUCGUCUCGUCGCUGGUUCCACCGCCAGGUAGCGUCAUAGACGAGGCCAGCAUAGAGAAAGUAAAGCCGUUCAUAUGUCCGACUCUACUGCACUGGCUAUCUGUACCAAGAGGAGAAAACACGCUACUUGAUGUAUUUUCAAAACCUCAAUACUUUUUCUACACACUCCAAGUUCAAAAUAUCACUAGUAGAUACGCAAACGCUUAUAUGAAGGCAGUCGAACUAGCUCAGUUAAUCACAGAUAUUUCCAAAAAGAAUCAAACUGUGCUAACAGAAGAAGAUAUCAAAAUUAAUAGUAUUGAAGGAAAACUUGAAAAAACUGUUGAUAAAGUACUUACGUAUAAAAUGAACGCCAGUGACUUUAGCUACCGAAUUUUCACUACAAUUAAUUAUAAACAAUUUAGAGCCGGUAUUUAUUUAACAAGAAUAGUUGCUAUAGUCAAUAAAUUAUACGAAAAUAUAAAGAACAUUGAUGUAAAAAAUACGUUUAAAGGGACUGAUGAAGAACUAAAAGACCUACAAGCUGAUAUAGAUAUUAUAAAAUAUUUGUUUAAGAGGAAAGCUGUAGAUGCAAUAAACAUUCAUUUUAAUGCUAUUACAGAUAUUUUAGUAAAAAAUAACAAAGACUAUACUUUAGUAGAAUCUAUGUAUGACAUAUGUGAAGAUAUAAAAUCGAAUAUUAGUAGAACCAUUAUAAGUAUGGAUGAAAAAAUAGUCGGUCAAUUAUGUAGUAAGAAAUAUGAAGUGAUAUACGGAGCUAUUCAAAACAGCUUAGUUGAAGACUAUCCAGAAGCCAGAUAUAGUUUAAUGGCUCUCGUCGACAGUUUGCAAAAUAGUGAUAAUUUUGUUGAAGAUAUAUUUGGAUUCCUUAAUAAUAGAACAGAACUUAUAAAGGCCUUACAAACUUCCAUAAAUCACUCCUACGACCUCGGUAUUCCGGUAUAUCUGAAGUACCUACAAUCCAAUAUACAAGCCUAUGGAAUCGUACUAAGUUUCCUUAGUGGGAAUGAUUGGUGGACUGAAUUGAGAACAGUAUACAAUGGCCCUUAUACUGAAAAGUUUUUUGCUUACGUGGAGAAUAGUUUCGAGGUUAUUGAAAAUCUGAUGACGAAUUUAGACGACAUACAUAUAGUCCGUUUACUACGGGAGAUAAAUGUAAACGAUACAGAUUCAUUCUGCCAACCGAACAUCGUGUUGUCGGAUUAUUUGCCUGACUCUACCGGCAUGUUCACGGACAUGAAGAAUCAAAUCUGUAAUAAGGAGAAGUCAGAACUAUAUAAAGAGUUACCGCCUUUGCUGUUCGCUUCACAAGGCUUGGACAGUUCACUAAAAAUAUCAAAGGUGAUCGACUAUACCACUUUGAAUACGAAUGUGUCAAUGGUAGAAUCAAGAUUGGAUCUAAUUAAGGAAGGACCCAAAGUUCCACUAUAUCCAGGAUGGGUGACUGAAGAGAAAUUACAGCACCUUAGGAAGGUAGCUCUUGGGUUGCUGUCAAAGCAAUCAUUAACGAAGAUGGGAUUUGCCGUUUUGAGCAAUGGUGUCGAUGCUGCGACUUUGUUCCUUAGCGGAAGUCACUGUACUGUUUGCUCUCAACUGACGACCUGGCUCAAGCAACUAAACUUACAACUAUUUAAAAAGCAGGAGUAUGAUAAUUUGCUGUGCCAUCUCCAAGGGAUGACGCUGGAUGAUGUACAUAAUACGCUAAAGACGGACUUCCACUGGGACAUGGCUCUCAGAGAGUUAAUAUCGACUCGUAACUACACGAAGUAUGAAAUGAACAAAUCCAUGGGAGAAUUUAUUGGCCUCGUAAAGCUGUACCUUCUUGAAGACAUCGCAGCUAAUACCACAAAACUGACAGAAUGCUUGGCAAGAAACAUUUCCAGAAAUGAAAUUGGCAAUGCCACGCUCUUCGCAUCAGUCCUGGCCCAGACAGGUAAACUAUUAAGAGCAGAGCUGCCUCAUAUACAAGAAGUAGAAGGAGUCAGAGAUUUACCAUACUUAAAGGAGAUAUACGAAGAAAUAGCUCGUCACCUGGAUGUAGAGAAACCUCUGGUAGACUAUCUAAUUGAAAAUAAUGCUUUGCAUGAAGACUUGGUGUCGAUUUUGGACUCCGAUGUAGCCAAUGAUAUCGAGGAUUCAAAAAUUAAUUUGCGUAAUAUCCGAAGCAUGCCGGACUCUUUGACUCAAAUUAAACUUCCAAGAGGAAACUGGAAUGUAGUUUGUGAUAAAUACAACUGCAGUGAAAUUGCGUCUAUACUCAAGGAAUAUCUUAACAACUCCAAGAUUGAUAAAAUGCUUCCUAAAUACCAACAAGAAGAGUUUUGGCGCUUCAAAUUCGUGUCAAACAUUAUCCAGCGCAUCGAGGGGUUGGUCUCCCACAUAGCGAGAUUGUUGGGUGUAGCAAGUAAACUGGACCUAGCUGGACUACGAGAUGGAAAAUUAGAUGCUUUGUUGGAUACUGGUCUGUUGCUGAUCAAAGAUGAUAUUUUGGACAGUAUUGGAUACAGUUUGCAGGGUCUGAUAGCUGAAAUGCAACCGUUGAUGGAAACUACACCACUGGACAAAGACCUCCAGGCUUUGUCAGCUGGCCUCAAUGUGUUGCGACAGUUUAAAUAUUACCUAUUGGAUAAAAUUAAUCCAAAAAUUGAGGUGAAGAGCCUGUUCCUGAAUCCUGAAAAUAUUGAGGCAGGAUUGUCGGCUUUGGGUAUCAACAAUACCAAUUUCUGGUCUAUAGCAGCGCCCAGGAUAUACGAAGGAUAUAUUCACUUAAAACCGCUUUUCACUUCAAAACAAGACAACAUCCACAUAUCGAUGUACAUGUGUCAGAUCGAUGCCAUGUCGAAGGUAUUGAAGCCGUCGAACCUGGACGUGGUGACCGCUGAGGACGUACUGGCUGCAGUUGUUGACCAGUUCUGCGGUCUGCCAGAUGAAACUGCCAAACAAAUAUUGCCAGUACUUCUUAAAAAUUUCAACUUCAAACCUAUACUGGAUUUUAUUAAAACGACUCUUCUUAAGAAGUUAUAUGAAGCGUCAAACCUGACAGAAGAUGAAGGUGCCUCAGUUCUCUCCAAGUAUUCACAGAUGGUGGCACUAGUGCCAGCUAUACAGGACAACAUCGGCUACGUAUCAGAGCUGUUCGCUGAUGAACCUAUGUUCAAGAGCUUUAAAGAAUUCAGUUCUAUCGGAAGCUUAUUCUCAUCUAAAGAAUUCCUGUCAAGUGCCGGCAGCUGUUUCUGUGGCAAGCCCUUCAGUGUAAACACGAACAAGAUCUACAAACAGAUGGUGGCCACGGAGGAUCUGUCCACUAAACCUGACCAGGCCCAAUUGGAUGCGUUGCCAAAUGAUUAUUGCCGCUCGUUAUACGUGGACAUCGUGAACGUGCAAGGUGGCAAAAUCGUGUGGAGCUUCAUCAAGCCGCUGAUUAUGGGCAAGAUACUGUACACACCCCCCAACCCUACUGUCAACACAAUCAUGGAGAAGGCUAACUCCACAUUCGCAUCGAUGAUUAAAGUGGUAAACCUUGUCCACUCCUUCGCAAAGUCAUUCCCAGCAGUGAACAAGAUGCUAUCACAUCGUGACGGAGUCGAUGUUCUUCGUAAUGUAAUGACAAGCCCUCAGUUCAGCGCUGUGAGAGCUUUGAUCGUUGACGGUGAAAGUAAUGAAGGUGUCAGCGUACAAGACUUCAAUGUUGAUGGACUGUUUCAUGAAUUUGGAGAUGUUGAGGAUAUUGGCACGCUAUUAUCAAAGGCAUCAGACAUCCUGAACUGCAUCAACUUGAAUAGGAUCCAGGCUACUCCUAACGAAUAUGAACUAACACAUGCGGCUGCUGUCCUCAGCACUGUCAACGAGUUCUCCGCUGGUGUAGUGUUCCUCAACAGUGAAGAACUAGACGAUUCCUUUUCUAACGUGGAGUAUAAAAUACGAAUGGAUAUCGACACCGUGCCUACUACUAAAAGAUUAAAGGACUUCUUAUGGAUCCCAGGACCUGAAUCCAACUUCAUAGAGAACAUGCGCUAUUUCCGAGGCUUCGUUGAACUCCAGGACAUCGUAGACAAGGCUAUUAUCCAGUUAUCUGCUGAGAACAGCCUCUCCAAGACCACAACUGAAGAGGAAGAUUGGGCCGUAUAUACACAACAAACACCUUAUCCAUGCUAUACAGCAGAUUUAUUCCAGACAGGACUAUACGAGUCUCAGUCGCUGAUAGUGGCUUUCUUCUUCUCUCUGCUGUUCUCUGUCGCCUCUACAGUACGCUUCAUCGUGUCUGAUAAAGAGUCUGGCAACACAAUGUUAAUGUCGGUGAUGGGUGUGGACCUCCGCUGGCACACGCUCUCCUGGUUCAUAGCAUCGUUUAUAGAGAUGACAGUCACCAUGGUCUGCAUCACAAUUAUACUCUACGCAGGAAGUAUACUUCCCACUACAGACCCUAGCCUCGUGUUCGUACUGCUCUUCAUAUUUGGAAUAUCCAUGCUGAGUUUCUGCUAUAUGAUAUCGAAGAUGUUCCAAUCGGCGAGCUUGGCUGCUGUGUGUGGUGCCAUCACUUACCUGGUCACGUUCAUGCCCAUAGUCAUAAUCCUAUCUCUUGAAACCGUGCUUUAUAACUCAUUCAAGUUGGUUAUUUGCCUAUCGAUGUCUUCAUCUCUUUGCUACGCCUUCCUAUACAUUACGCGCUACGAGGCCCAUGGUGCGGGCGCAGGGUGGGCCCAGCUGUGGGACUCUCCAAGUGAGGGGGAGGAUAUGAGCAUUGGGCUCGCCACUCUCAUGAUGCUGGUGGACGCGGUCAUUUACUUCAUUAUAGGAUGGCUCAUCGAUAGGUAUUUUGGUAUAAGAACUUUAAAAACAAACAUCACUCACUGUACGACUACGAACGAGAAGGCUGGCGUGAGCAUCCUCAACGUGUCGAAGGUCUAUAAUGAGAGGUCACGCAGACCAAAGCUGGCUUUAGACAAUGUGUCUAUCGAGCUGCACAAAGGGCAGAUCACGACCCUGCUGGGACACAACGGCGCUGGUAAAACUACUUUAAUUAACAUACUAACAGGCAUGCUGAAACCCACUAAAGGCCAUGUGAUCAUACGGUCGGAGCGUGAGGCCGGCACGCGCCUAGGCGUGUGUCCGCAGCACGACGUACUCUUCGAGCACAUGAGUGCGCGUGAGCAUGUCAUGCUUUAUGCUCAACUCAAGGGGGGACAUGGCAAAGGGGAGCUGCAGGCUGAGGUUGACAAGAUGCUAGAAGUGCUGUCCCUAGGCCCUGUGUCCUCAGAGCUGGUGUGUCGACUAUCGGGCGGCACUCGGCGGCGCCUGUGCGUGGCGCUGGCCUUCGUAGGCGCGCCGCACCUCGUGUCGCUCGAUGAGCCCACUGCUGGGGUCGACCCGGCCGCUAGAAGAGACAUCUGGUCAAUGAUAGUGAAGUUGAAAGAAGACAAGACGAUACUAAUGACGACUCAUCACCUCGACGAGGCAGAACUGCUGAGUGAUCAGAUCGUGAUAAUGCACAAGGGUCAAAUCCACACAACCGGAUCACCAAUCGAAAUUAAACGAACCUUGGGGAACGGUUACAAGCUGACAGUGAUGUAUCCAGAGAGAGCUGAUAUCAACGAAAUGACAGAAGAGAUUAAUCAAGAGGAGAAGACAAAACAGCUCCUGACAGUGGUCAGGGAUGUGGUAAAGAACGCCAACGUGAUUGAUGUCAAUGAACUUGAGGUGGAGAUUGGGUUGCCAUUUUUCGAUAUGAACGGAUUGAAUAAUAACUUUCUACAGUUGUGUUCAGUGCUGGAAGCUAUUCAACCAGCUCUGGGUUUCAAGAGCUUUACAAUGGACUGCAGCAGCCUGGAGCAGGUGUUUUUCAAUGUCUGCCAACAAGCAGAUACUCCUCUGACUAAUAUUGAGUACACGUCAUCAGAAAGCUUUCCAUCAAAGAGUGCAUCUAGUUCAAGCAUCAGGACGGACCGCACACCACAACAGUUAGUACCACCCGAGGGACCAAUGAAAGGCUCCGCUUGGGAGCAGUUCCUUGCACUAAUGUACGCCCGAUACCUGCAUCAUAUCAGAAACAGAUGGCUCCUGUUCAUGCUGAUCAUCCUGCCAUCACUGUUCGUGACCAUCGCUAUGGGCUUCUCCAUGCUGCGGCCACCGGCAGACAACGAGAUAUCGCUCAAACUUGACAGGAACCUUUACGUGAACACCACGGAUUUUAUUGUACCUCGUCCGUCCAAGAGCUCCAAGACCAUGGACGCAUCAUUUGCUGAGCGCAUCAUGGAACAUUUGAUGGGGGGCAGACACAUUAAAAACUGGACAACAGAAGACUCGCCUACAUGUGAAUGUCACCCCAAACAUCAAGUAUGCAACGCAAUACCGAACAUGACAGUGUUGCCGGACAUGAUGGCGCUGCCUGACGUGAACAGCCUCAACAAGUGGCUAGUUGAUACACAGGAGAUAUUUAUUGAAAAGAGGUACGGAGGCUAUUCAUCAUCCCUUAAGAACGAUGUAACAAACCUGGUGGUGUGGUACAACAACAAGGGCCACCACGCGAUGGUGUCGCACCUCAACGCGCUCAACACGGCGAUACUGCGCGCGCGCACUCACACGCCGCGCGCCUCCAUCACCACCUACACGCACCCUCUCAAGAUCUCUAAAGAACAACUCAGUAAAGCUACCGUAUACCAACAUAUAGCAGACGCUGGAAUCUCAGGUCUGCUGCUAAUAGCUUACGCGCUGAUCAGCGCUGGUGCUGCCAUCUACCUGGUGUCGUCUCGCCGGAGUCAGGAGAAGCGGCUGCAGUUACUGUGUGGCGUUAGCCCCUUGCUGUAUUGGACCACAGCCCUUGUAUGGGAUAUGUUGAUAAUGGCAAUCAACAUGGGUAUCACUGCAGCAGUUAUGGUUGCUUUUGGCUUCCCCGUGUUCGUCUCGAGGAAUAAUCUACCAGCUAUAUGCAUAAUGUUUCUUCUGUAUGGAUACGCCUGCGGAAGCUUGAUUCACGUAGCAGAGAAGUUGUUCUCGGAAGCAAGUAUGGCGAACAUGGUUCUAUUCUGUGGCAACGCCUUCCUUGGUCUUUCGUUUAUCGCCAUACUCCUUAUAUUUGACGUAAUUUCCGAGUCAGAGGAGACAGACAACGCCCGUUACGUGUUGCAUAAGAUCUUUUUACUGGCGCCGCAGUUCGCGUUGGGAGAUGGACUUUUGGAGAUAGCCAAGAACACCAUACAAGCUCAGGUGCUAGGCCGCUUCGGCAUGGACACAUACCAAGAUCCUCUCGGAACCAACCUGAUCACUUUGCACUACUCGUACUUGGCACUCGUGGGCACAGCGCUCAUGCUGCUCAACUUGGCUAUCGAGUACAAUUGCUUCGAAGGUCUGCUCGUCAGGUUCCGUUCAGUGAGCAUUCCACCACCAGUUCCUGGGGAACUGGAGCCAAUAGAAGUGACUGAAGAAAGGAAGAGAGUGCACUCCACUCGCCUUCAAGCUGAGCCCACGAUACACGGCGUUAGCACCAUUGGAAAUAUCAACAGAGGUUACGUGCAUACGGAAGGUUUCAAAAACUCAAUCCAGCGUGUUGUGGCGCCACUGAGUGACGUGGCGCAGUGCGUGGCGCUCAGCAAGGCGUACCGCGGAGUGCGCGCACAUACCGUGGCCCUGCGGGACCUCACGCUGGGCAUUCUGCCCUCUCAGUGCACCGCUCUUUUGGGUCAAAAUGGUGCGGGCAAGUCGACUACCUUCUCGCUGCUGACUGGAGAAAUCCGACCCACGUCCGGACAAAUCUACCUCAACAACAAAAUUGUUAACUCCACUCAACUUUGUACCGGCCUUAUUAGUUAUUGCCCUCAAAGUGACGCAAUUGAUUCACUUCUGUCGGUGACAGAAAUUUUAAGGUUCUACUGUCGACUGCGUGGCAUCACGGAUUACGAACAGGUGGUAGCGCGUGCCCUGGACAUGUUCGAGCUGGUCCAGUACGCGCACGUGCGAAGCGGUGCGCUGUCGGGCGGGAACAAGCGCAAGCUGUGCGCCGCCGUAGCAUUUAUGGCGCGCACGCCGCUAGUGCUGUUGGACGAGCCCACCAGGUUCGGUGGCUGGGGCUCCCCUCGGGGCCAGGCCCCCGCGGGGCGCGCUCGGCGCGCGCUGCGUGGCGCCGACUGCGCGCGCGCGCCCCGCACGCGUCUCUGCGCGUGCUGCAACCAGCACACGCUGCACGUGCUCAUACCUACACACGCCACGGAAGCUGAAACAUUUGAAAUGCUUAUUGUUAAUAUCAGAAGAAAUGCGCAAAGCUAA